CAUCAUCAUCUCAGAUAAGCUAAACAAUGAAUUUCGAUAGGAGGAGGAUAAACGGUCCAGAAGCGACACAUGAACUUAUAUAUGAGAAUAGCAGUCAUGUUAAGCACCUGAAUGAGCGUUCAACUCGCAAGAAUGACGAAUUGAGACCAGUUUUUAUAAAACCGGGCUUGAUCUCUUCAGCUUCAGGAUCGACUUAUAUCGAGUGCGGAAAUACGAAGAUCGCCUGUGCAGUUUACGGUCCUAAACAGAUAAAGAACGCACCAUACUCAUCGACUGGAAAAUUAAACGUAGAGAUAAAACAUGCACCCUUCAGUUCAAGUAUACGACGUGAUCCUGUUAAGGAAUUAGAAGCAACACACCUCAGCAGUCAGGUUACUCAAGCACUCUUACCAAGCUUGAGACUGGAAAAUUACGAGAAGAUGCAAAUAGACCUAUUCGUUACGAUCAUACAGGAUGAUUCUCUUGAUUUCGGUUUACUUGCUAAUAUAACAACAGCUGCAGGUACGGCACUCGCCAGCUCUGGAUUAGAAAUGAACGGUUUGGUAGUUGGCGCAACAGUUGCGUUUAAGGAGGACGAGAUGCUACUUGAUCCAUCACCUUCAGAAGUUAAAUACGCAAAAGCUGUCAUGACUGUCUGUACACUUCCCGCCCUUACUCAAAUAGCCCACAUUUGGCAAGCUGGUACACUUGAUAUUAAUCAAUAUAAGCAGGCGUUGCAGAUUACAGAAAGUGCUUCACGAAAUAUCCACACGCUGAUAGCAAAGACAUUGAUGAAUGAGACAAAUGCAUAGAUUACUAUAAUAAUACAUAAAUAACUUAUUCCUAC